AUGGCUGAACUUUUGAAGAACGGUGGACAAAAACUAACGCAAGAAUUAUGGAAACUAAAAAAAGAAGUAUGUAUAACUAAAAGGGUUCCACCUUAAUGGAAUCUAUCGACAAUAUGCCCUGUGUAUACGAAAGGAGAGACCCCACGAACGCCAAAAACUGUAGGAAGAUCCCUAUGGUUUUUGAUAGGGAUAUAUAUUCCUACUUAACACCACUUACAAGAUUCAAUCAAAUAUCUUACUAAACCGAUUAAGAUUAUACGCGAAUAAUAUUAUAGGAAAAUACCAUUGUACGAGUAGUUACAUGUCAAGUAGAUCAACAAUGUACCAUAUAUUCACGCUGAAACAAGUAAUAAAAAAUUACUACGCAUUUAACAAACCGAUAUACUUAAUCUUCAUAGACUUAUCAUAGACUUAUUUAUAAAUUAAUAUUCAUAAGCAUACGAUUCAAUAAAGAGAUUAGAAAUAUGGAGACAUUUAAAGCUGUUUGAGGUCCUCUCAAGAUUAAUAUUAAUGAUAAGAGUGGGCAUGGAAGGAUCGAGUUUCGCGAUUAAAUUUGGUCAUGAAAAACCAGAAGAAUUCCAACCAAUAACAGGAUUAAAACAAUGUGAUGCACUUUUACCGUUACUCUUUACGGAGUACUAG